CUAAUAAGAACCCUUCCAGACACAAGUAUGCAUAGAGGUGGAUUGCUUGCUUACCACACUCAUGCGACACAUAGACAGUGAUCAUCGUGUUUCAUCCCGCUCAAUCAAAUGCAUCUAAACUCAACUACUAGAAAGAAUUCAAGCACAGAUUUACUUGCCCUUGGAGAGAAUCUCCCAGCACAGUGCAAACACCCAUGGCCUUCAGAAGAGUGAUCUCAUCCCUCCAUGCCUCCAAGGGUGCGAACUCUUACUCCAAGUACGUUUCUCAGUGGUCGAGGCUUUUGAGAGGUAAAAUCGAACCCUAUCCUCCUUUUGCCCUUUCUUUUGUCGAUCUUCCAGCUCGUAAGUCCUCAAAUCCCGAAACGAUGAUGAAAGAAUCGCUUGGAACAGGUCCGGAAGUUUCGAAUCAAAGAAAUGGCAAGGGCGAUGGAACAACGAGCGCUGGGGCGUGGCCGAUCCGAUCGCGCAGCUCGCCGCCAAGCCCGCUUGCAACUACAAGUAGUGUCUAUCUGGAGCUGGAGGAGAGCUUGGCGAAGCACUUGGCUGGAGAUCUCAGCGAAGAAACAGGCAUCAACUUCGCGGACAGUCGUGUUUUCAGUCUCAGCCCUGCUCCAAGUCGGGUGCUCGCGUCCUCCUCAGGCUCUCUUUUGCUGGCACACACAGCGAGCUUGAUCUCGGCAUCACUUGGACAGCCCCGGUGGAUUGGUCUCCGGCUCGGGCUCAGUUCUACACAAGCUGGUACUUGGCUGGCAGCGGGAAUGCAAGGGGAUCCAUCGUGAUUUCGUUUCGGGCAAAUGAUGGUUCUUCCCGGGACUGUUACUCUCCAGGCAUCGAGGCAGCCGAGGAUGAUACCGAGGUAUGUUCGUUUGAAUGGCCACACGCUACAGGUUUCGUUGGAUUGCCGAAACGUGGAGUUUUGGGACUGAUGAGAUUCACACCAGCAGAAGAUCGCAAAGCUCCUGCGGCUGUGGAGAUUGCUCAGCGAGUUUCUAUUGCAACCCAGGCCAUAACUCUUGACGAUCCAUUACCACGAUGAUCGAUUCACAACCCAAGAGGGGGCUUUGCCAAGGACGAAACGCCGAGCAGCACGAAUGCGGGGGAUAAUCUUGUCUGGUGGGCGAUCUAACAAAAACGCCAUGGAUUUCGCAAAGACCCCUGUCAUAUGGUUCAAGUACAUGGUAUGAUUUUUUUAAUACGGGAACCCGGUUGCCGAGAUGAUGGCUAUCAGGUAAGUGUAGAGGUAAACCGUUGUAGAAGACCCGGGUUCGAUGCCGAAGGGUCCACUCAACAAGGACUUUUAUGCAAUAAAUUUGCUAAAUAAGGAGCCAUUAUUCUGGUUCGCCGGCUCACAAAAACAGCUUAGACCAGUCAUUUAGGACAUCGGUCUCCCAAAACAAACGUUUCGGGUUCGAUUCUCUUCCCGAUAUUUGUAAAUACCAAAUACUGAAUCAUCGUCGAUCAUCAAUGCGGAUGCUCUGGCAUCGCGACGCUGGAGCACCUCAGCCUUGCGCAGAUUGACGUGGGCAAGCUGGAGACUGCGGCGGCUGUGAUAAUCCAUUUCCUGGCCUAUCGGCGCAGCGGCGGCUCCAGCCCUGGCAGCUGAUUCUCUUGUCUCGUCUGAUUCCAUUGACAAGACAUGAUCGAUCGCAGGCGCUCCUCCUCCUCCUCGCAGUGUAGCUUUCUCGACGCUGACCUUGUGUUUGGCGCCCUGGCGGCGGGAUACGUUUUCAGGGACCAAGGUUGCGGUUCAGGGCUGUGCUUGGAGCAUCGACGCCACACAUUCACCAUCCAUUCCUGUCACGAACAGGCAAUUCCAUCCUCAGGCAGCUCAAGUGGACGAAGUUCUCCAUGUGCCUGGUGGGUUUGGGGGAAUCAAACAAGCCCGCUUUUUCUCGGAGAGACUGCCCGAGCUUGAUACUCC